AUGGCUGCUGAAAAUGCUGGAUGGAGUAACUAUGCAGAGCCUGGACCCAUUGAUGACACGGUGUUGACACAGCAGGCCAAGCAUCGGUCCGAAGCUAUUUGGAAUGGGCAGGAUCUAGGGAUCCUUACCUGCCGCAGUCGUAGUUCAGAGUUCUCCAAUCAAGAGCCAAUGGUGGACGACAGAGUUGUUAACCUCAUUAAGGCACUUGGUUUGGAGGGACUCCUCUGGGUCCCGGGUAGAGAGAUUCAUCAUGGCCUAAUAACGGCCUUAGUGGAACGAUGGCAGCCCGAGACUCACACCUUCCACAUGCCACAUGGUGAGGUCAGCAUCAUAUUGCAAGAUGUGGAGCUUCUUCUCGGGCUUCCUGUUGAUGGUGAUGCUAUAACUGGGAGCACGCAGAAAACCUGGACAGAGGUGUGUCGGGACUUCCUUGGGUUUCAACCUAUAAAUCAAGAUGCGCAUAAGCAACUCACUGGCCAGAGGAUUCUCAUCAGCCGACUUUUGGAGCAAGUUGCUGGUCCAUUGCAGCCUAAUGCUGAAGAGGCUAAGCUGCAUAAGUAUGCACGAUGCUACGUCCUAGCGCUACUAGGGGACACAAUAUUCGGGGACAAAUCCGGUGAUAGGGUGCAUCUAAUGUGGCGUUUUGAAGUAGUGCUUGGUGAUACGCCCCCACAGCACGAGUACUUCGACUGGUUCAACAGGGUAACUCGGAGGUUCAUCGAUAGGUCCGGUGCUAAAUUGACUAUGAUGGUUUCACUUGUCAACUGUUUGUUGAGGCAUCACCCAGUGGGCACGGAGGACCACAAGGACAUUAUUGAUGUGCUGACGGCAGUACAUGAGAUUGACCGUGUACAACCUCCCAUCCCUGAGGCCCCGAAUGAGGAGCAGAAGCCACCCUCCCACAAUACGUUUACUGACCUUUAUUCGAGCAUCGACCCACCCCAUGUUCAGGCUAAACAAGUUGUUGGGUUACCUGCUGUGGCAGAAGGUCGGCUGAAACGUAUAUCAAAGGCACCUCCUUGUGGGACAGGAGGGCAUAAACAUGGACACAAAGUUGGACCCGAGGCAUCUGACGAAGGACAUGCAAGACCUCCUCCUCAUUAUACGAGACGGCGUAAGGUUCAAAAGAGGUGGAUGAAUGGAGGGUUAGGGUUUCAUGCUUUAUAA